AGCCACGCUUUCGACGGGCCCUAGCCUAGACUUUGCUAUACUAAUACUCUGCCUACAUCUGAUUACGAAGAUUGACCAGACAAAUUGUGAUUGUGAAACGAUGAUGCAUUUUUACCUGACGGCAAAGCGGUUCUAUUCCCUCGUUACCUCUUCCGGCCGAAUAUCGAAAGAACUAGUUCAAAGCGAGAUUAUUCUUGCUCUUUAUGAAUACGGAAAUGCAAUGCCCGACACGGCGUGCGUAUCAGUAGCUGGGCCAGCGAGGAUGGCGUUGGUUUUGGGCUAUGACAAGACAGUGUAUUAAGGAGGAAAUGCCGGGAACGUUUCUGACGUUGAAGCCGAAGAACAGCGGUGUAUUAGGUGGUGGUAAUGUGAAUGGAUCAAAUGGAUAGAAAGCUCCCUCUUAUCACCGCAUCGCCAACACCAUGUUCGCUUCUUCCUUCUACUUCAGGGGCUAAGAUACACGUCGGAAUAGGCUUGAAACUUCCAGGAAAUCCCUUCCAAAACUCCAGUCCAGAAACGCGACUUAAGACCUUUGCUCUAGUCGCCCAAUCUAUUUAUUUUCUGGAUCGUAUCAUCGAACAUAUCAAUACUACCUAUGGGGAGGUAAACGGAAAGUCAGAACUCACUGCUCAACUGGAUGAGGGGAUCAGAGCCUUCUGCAUGACUUUAUUAGAAGAGAAACACCAUGAUCGAACUGGCCACUGCUGGCCACAUGUUACGUGUUUGAGUGCCCUAUUAUUCCUUUCCCGCGAUGCUCUAAAAGUAGCAGGCACAAUGGUGGUGGUUACGACUUAUCACGGCUUCGAAGACUGGCCAUGAGAAUAGAGGGUAAUUGGCUUGAGAUCCUUGUUUGAAGCCAUGGCGAACGAGGUUGAUGUUAUUAAUUAUGGUG